AUGGCAGCCCCAUUCCCACAAGAAGCCUACACCAUCACCACACCGCGCCUCAUCAUCCGCAGCGCCGUCCCCGAAGAUGACGACGCCCUCUACAAAUUGCUUUCGACCCCGGAAAAUCAGCCCUUUGAUGCCGUCCAGCCCGGCCUCUCACCCGAGGUCAUGCGCGCCCGCAUCAACCGCUGGAAGCCCAUGACCGCCGCGGGCAAGAAUGCCUUCAUGGUAGUCGUCCUCCGCGAGACGGGCGAGGUCAUUGGCAAUGGCGGGUACAACUGCUUCGAAGACGACAGCGGCACCUCCGUCGCGCAGGAGGACGGGGAGGAUGGUGUCCAGGGGCGCCCGUAUCUUACUGAUACGGGCGUGGUGCUCGAUCAUCGGCACUGGGGGAAGGGGUAUGGGCGGGAGACGUUGUGUGCCAAGGUCGAGUACGCGGUCGAGGAGCUCGGGUGUAGAGUUGUUCGCGUUGAGACGGCUGAUGACAAUAAGCCGUGGAGGGCGCUGAUGGCGUCGUUGGGUUUGGCUGAGAUUGAGACCAAGGGCCCUGUGAGUUAUGACGAGAAUGUGAUUGGGUGGGUUUACAGGAUUGAUGCUCAACAGUGGAGAGCUGUAAGAGAGGAUUUGAAGAAAAGGGGGAAGUGGCCGUUGUGA